AUGUCUGUUAAUAUUGACGAUUUUGAGGAAUUCUUAACCAACGAUUUUAAUGAGGUUAGAUUUGCAAAUGACUUGCUUAAAUCCACUAACAAUGGUGCUGAAAGUACUACUUUAGAUGUAGAUACACCUGUUAAAAAGAUCAAUUUUGAUCUUAAAGAAAUUGAAUCUCGUGUCGACACACUUAUUAACAAGAAUCCAACAAUUAUGGUGAAUCAGAUAUAUAAAGAAAAAUCAAUCGAUGAUACUAUCCAUAGCGGACUGAAAUCAAGUUUACAAUACCUAGAUAUUUCAUAUCAACGUUUACAAGAUGAUGUCUUAAUACCAUACACGAGAGCUCAAAAAUUACAAACAAUUCUGAAUAAAAUUCAUCAAACUUCAAAUAUAUUGAGAGAUUCCUUGAUAUACAUCCAUUUGGCCACAAGAAUUCAAGAAAUAAUGGAUGAAGAACAAAAACUAUCUAUUGAAAGGGCAUCACAACUCACGGUAUUAUAUUCUCAAUUACAACUGGCCGUCCAACAAAAUGUCAAUCUUAAAUCAUUACAAGUUAUUAAAACAUUGGAAAUACAAGUUGGAAAGGACUACCGAAGAAAAUUGUUAGACUACCUUGCUCUCACAUUAACGAAAGAAUGUUUAAACACAUUUAAAAUUCAAAACAAUAAAGAUACUAUUAAAGGUUUAGCAAAAAAUUUAUUUAUAUUAUCACCUCCAGAGUUUUUCAACUCCAUUAACAAAAUAGUCCUCUCUCACGUAAGUACAAAUUCUCAAGUGCUGACCAAAACAAUUAAUUCAGUAAAGUCAUUCCCAGAAAUAUUUGAUGAAGUUGUCACAAAGAGCCAUUCAAUGUACACAUUAGAGAAGAUACUGGGUGAUGUAAAUGUGAAAACCAACUCCAAUUUGCUUGCAGAAUAUUCUUCUCAAGAAAAAUUUCAAGGUAUGACUAUACGAGACUUAUUCUGGUCAAGAAUAGCCUCUAGUUUUAAAAGAGAGAUAGACAUAUCUUUCAAGAGAGGUGGUCCUGUGGGGAAAGCUUUACAAAAAAAUAGACAAGUACUGAUAGAUUCAAUUAACAAUUCAAUGCCAAACUCAAGUGAUAGAAAAGAUUACCAAAAACAUUCCGAUAUGAUGCUAAAAUCUAUCGCUAUUUUAUCUUUAGAAAUUUGA